AUGGAGCCACAAGAAGCUACUACUGGUCAAAAAUGUACCAAGGAACCCCGUGAGAAGAACCUACUGCAAAGAAAGUGGGUCUCUGAGCCCUCGGCUGGCACAAAAAGAAGCACUUUUGCUGAUCCUGAGGGGAAGAGGCACUCUCAUCGUGACGGCGGUGCCUGCGGAGGUAGCGUUGCAGGCUCUACACAAACAUUUAGCCCUGGGAAGAUUUUGUCAUCAGCAGUUCAGUCAUCUCAAGAGAGCCAGUUUCAGCAAGUCUUUCCCAGGGCUUACCCCUACCAGUUAGCGCAUUCAUACCCACAGCAGCCCAUUCAGGAACCCUUCCUGACUGGGACAAAGCAGCAGCCAGGUUUGGAGGCCCAUGCAUGGCCCUUCCCUGGUCAGCUCCAAUCUCUGCCUUCAGAUGAUAUGUUUCCUGUGCAGUCCCGCUCACAUGGGGUCUUCCCUCGUCAGAAGUCUCCCAGUUUACCAACUGCUUUUGGCCAGUACUCUCAGUCAGGACCUGAUCAGCAAGAGGAGGUACACAAGAAAGAACAGAAACCCAAGAAGCCUGGAAAGUAUAUUUGCCACUACUGUGGUAGGGCUUGUGCUAAACCCAGUGUACUAAAGAAACACAUCCGCUCACAUACUGGAGAGCGUCCCUAUCCCUGUGGCCCUUGUGGUUUUUCCUUCAAAACAAAAAGCAAUUUAUAUAAACACAGAAAGUCUCAUGCCCAUGCUAUUAAGGCAGGACUUGUUCCAUUUUCUGAACUAGCUGCUAGUCGCCCAGACAUUGAUCAGGCACCAUCACUGGGAGAGACAGAAGUGCAUUCAGAUGGAGAGCAGAGUACAGAUACUGAUGAAGAGGCUGCAGAGGGUGCAAUGUUCUCAGAGAAAAGCAGCCCUGUUCCCCAAAUAUCAUUUGAAUCAGACAAAAGCACAAUGGAUAAGGGUGAUGAACCAGCGUACGCGGACCCAGCUGAAGAGCAAGCCAUGGCGUCUAUGAAAGUGCCUAUUCUAAUCGUCCCGAAACCAGGUGUUCCAUCAACAGCCAUAGAAUGCCCCACUUUUACAGAAAUCAAGGGGUCUCACAUUAGUGCCCAGGUAGGUCGAGGGGAUGAAUCUCAAACUAUCAAACAGAGACUCGCUCUGAGGCUCACUGAGAAAAAGGGCCAGGACACAGACCAGUCUCUCAAUCUCUUGAGUCCACACAGCAAAGGCAGCACAGAUUCUGGCUACUUCUCUCGCUCAGAAAGUGCUGAGCAGCAGAUCAGCCCACCCAACACCAAUGCAAAAUCCUAUGAGGAGAUCAUGUUUGGAAGAACCUGGUACUAUAGAGCUGGCUCCAGAUCGAGGCAGUCUAUCACAGUUGGGAUGGCAACUGCUGCUAGUCAAGACACUAAGUCUGGAGCCUUACUUGAGAUGGGCAUGGGAAAGAUAUCAGAGGAUCACAUUUUUUUCAGAGGUGAUGGUUCAGAAUCACAAUUAGUUGCAGGUGGCGACCACAAACAAUAUCCCACAGGACCUUGCCAAAGCAAUGCAGGUCUUCUGGAACCCCCUACAGAUUCAGGGCCACUCAUCAGGAGCAAUUCAAUGCCAACAUCCUCCCCAAACACCUUGAAUGUCCCACCAAAUAUAAGAGGGAGUCACUCUUUUGAUGAGAUGAUGACCCCAGAUGAUGUUUUUUAUUCUGGCGCAGCUAGUCUAAGAAGACUGAGAAGACAGGCUGCCUUUGAACACUCUGCUCAUGAAGGCCACGGGGAAACUGAGUGCUAUGGGAAGAAUACUGGCCCAGCACCUUUGGCAAUAAAGCUAGGGGAGAGAAAUCCUUUGUUACCAGAGUUCAAAGGCUCAGGGUCUGAGAUUGCUUGCCCUGAGAUUCGCACCACAUAUGGCUCAUAUGGAACUAAAAUGGGAAUAACAGAGUUUACCACAAGAAAACGUCGCAAGGAGAAGAGUGUUGGAGAUGAGGAGGACUGCCCUGUUCAUUAUGAUGACAGUCAGAGUAGUUCUGUAGAAAUGUCAGGUGACUACGAUUCAAAACAAGGAAGUCAGGAAAACUCAAGAGCUACUCUGUCAAGCAAAGGAUCUCUGUUCAGUACACACAGCCAGUCAGACAGUUUUGAUAAAAGCUCUAAUAUGUACCCAGAGGAUGUUGUGGUUGUACCAGAUUCAGACAGAAAGGCUGCUGGUAAUGUGAUAUCUGUCAUUCAGCAUACAAAUUCAUUAAGUCGACCCAGCUCUUUUGAGAAGUCUGAAUCAAUUGACCAUCCAUGUUAUCAGCAAGACAAACUCACUGGGCAAGUUUCAGAGCAGUCAGACUCUGAAAAUAUUGAAGAUGUCCAAAGCCCUGACUCUUUACGAAGAUCUGAAAGCAUGGAUCAACAGCAGCAGAGUGACAGUGAAUUAACAGCAUUGUCACCUAACCAGCAGUAUCAUAUGCCCCACAAACUUGUUCGGCAACCCAACAUCCAAGUACCUGAAAUUAGGGUUACAGUGGAACCAGAGAGAGACCCUGAGGUACCAGCUAAAGAACCAGAGAAACAUGUUGAGGAAUUCCAGUGGCCACAGAGAAGUGAGACCCUUUCUCAGCUCCCUGCUGAGAAGUUGCCCCCAAAGAAGAAACGUCUGCGUCUGGCAGAUAUGGAGCAUUCAUCUGGGGAGUCAAGUUUUGAAUCUACUUGCACCAGUCUGUCAAGGAGCCCGAGUCAAGAGAGUAAUUUGUCCCACAGUUCAAGUUUCUCAAUGUCAUUUGAUAGAGAGGAAAACCUGAAAUCAGUGUCCCCCACUAAGCAGGAUGACUUUUCAAAGCAAUCGGAGUUCUUAACUGUGCCAAACAGUGGCCACUCUCUCUCUAUACCGGGCCAUCACCAGAGGGAAAUGCGGCGCUCCUCGUCAGAACAAGCACCUUGUGCUUUGCCUACUGAGGUUCCAGAGAUCCGUAGCAAGUCAUUUGACUAUGGAAGUCUCUCAACCUCCUCUAGACAAGGGGAGGUCUAUACCAGUGCAACAGCUAUGAAGGAACGUCGACGUGGUUACCUUGUGAGGCAAGCAUCCUUGAGUGUCUACCCUGAAGUAGUUGUACAAGAGCAAAACCUAGAAAUGAAUAUUAAGCAAGAGCAUUCUGAACAUCUCUCUCAAUCUGCUUGGCAAGUCACACCUUCAUCCUCGACUAGUUCAUCUCAGAUUGCAGCAGCUAGUGACAUUGCAAAAUCCAAACGAGGUACGCAGCCAAAUCAUGGGUCACAUCAUCACAGACUGCAACAAAGCAUUAGUGAGGACAGUCAACCAGAGGACCUCUUUCAGAAGCCACCUCGCUUGCCUGGUCAGCUAUCCUCGGACAGUGAGCAUUCAGUACAUGAGCACAUGACUGCAGAAGUAAUCCAGCACUCCUCUCAUCAUAGUGGCAUAGCACCAUCACCAUUCCUGCCAUUUCAGCCAAUUUAUCUGUGCCCUGAAUCAUCACAAAGACACAAGCAACAUAUGGCUUUCCAAACACAUCAACAGCAUAUCAGACAGCCUAACAUACCACCUAUGCUCCAGAAACCACACCAACCUUCGCAUCAAGACCAAGGUGAUUUGAAGGUUGAUGUUGCAAGUCAGGGUUAUGUAUAUCAGUCAAGAGCUUCUCCACAGAAUUUUGGUUCACUUCAGACAAAGGUGCUUACUACCAGCUCAGUUUUCUUACAGCAAGUUCAGCCAAUCUUUGCCACUCAAAACAUAGGGUCACAGCCAUCACUCCCUGGAAUGUUAGUCCCUGUCAGGAUUCAAACCAAUGUGCCAUCUUAUGGUAGUGUUAUGUACACAAGUGUUUCACAAGUCCUUGCAACUCAUGCACAGAGUACUACAUCUGUUAGAGUCAUAUGCACAGACAAUGCAUCUGCGAAUCCACUUACAGGUACUGCCUCAAAACAUCAAGCAGGAUUUGAUUUAUCUAAAAUUCUUGGCCAUUCAUCAGGACCUUUACAUUAUCCUCUCUGGAAAAUUCCAGAUUCCUUACCUGGAAGACUAAAUACAGGAAUCCCUUUGUCACUGACAUCAGGAACUAUUUCCACUACAGAUGCAUCAUCCAGCCUUGGAGGAAGCAAGAGAAUGCUAUCACCUGCCAGUAGCCUUGAGCUGUUCAUUGAGACCAAACAACAAAAACGGGUUAAAGAGGAAAGGAUGUAUGGGCAGAUAGUGAAGGAGCUCAGUGCAGUUGAACUUAGCAACUCCAGUGCAUCAAAGGAAAGUGGCAAAUCUCUGAAGCCAGAUCUCUCAAAGAAAGAUGAUUCAGUAGUAGAUCAGGAAAGGAUGUCUUUUACACCGCCAGCUGACUUGCCAUCCUCUAAGGUACCUGUUCGCUCCUCUGUACCUCAACAACCUGAUGUGCCACCAACUGACAGUUUUACACCACCUCUGCAAAUCAUUACUGAUACCUCUGCCAGGCCAGACUCCCCAGAGGAGCUAGAUGUUGAAGAAUCUACUCCAGAGGCUAGCUCAAGCCCACAGUCAAUGAUGUCCUCAAGUGACACACAAGAGGAAAUUAAACAAAGCAUGGGCAAUAAGAUCCCUGUCAACAUGUUGGUGCAGCUGGCUGCCAAUCAGAGUGCUGGUGUGGUUGGGAGUACUCUUUUGCUUACUGAUCUCUCAGAUGUUCAACAGUUCUUUCAGUUUCCAAGUCUUCGCACGACAACAAGCGUGAGCUGGUGCUUCCUAAAUUAUACCAAGCCAAACUAUGCUCAGACAACUCCCCUAACCUCUGUUUAUGGCUCUUGGUGUGUCAGUUCCUAUAACCCCAACCCACUCAGCCUUAGUACCAAGGCAGCAUUGGCACUGCUUCGCUCCAAACAGAGGAGGAACAUGGAAACUUACACAAUGGCUGCUAUGUAUCAACCAGGCACUGGAAAACUUGUGUCAUCCCUCUUGUGGAAGCAGAAAUUUGAGCAGAUGAAGCCAGAACUCAUGCAGCUAGAUGUGAGCAAAGGGAAGAAGAUGAAGGGGAACGGCUCAAGGGACAGAGGGAAGGAGGACCAUGGAGAGAAGGAAGCCUCCUCCAAGCAGGCUGAACCUACUCGAAUAAAAAUCUUUGAAGGAGGGUACAAAUCAAAUGAAGACUAUGUUUAUGUGCGGGGCCGUGGUCGAGGGAAGUACAUCUGCGAAGAGUGUGGCAUCCGCUGUAAGAAGCCUAGCAUGUUGAAAAAACACAUCCGCACUCACACUGACGUUAGGCCAUAUGUCUGCAAGUUCUGCAACUUUGCUUUUAAAACAAAAGGAAACCUGACAAAACACAUGAAGUCAAAAGCCCACAUGAAGAAAUGCUUGGAGCUCGGGGUGUCCGUAACAUCUGUGGACGACACGGAGGCAGAGGAAGCUGACAUCACUGAGGAGGGACAAAGGGAGCCUGGAAAGAUUAGCAUAUCAGGUAUUAUGGCUGAACAUCAGUUUUCUGAUGCUGACGAAUCUGAUGGGGCUGAAGAAGAUGGUGAAGAGGUUGAUGAAGAUGAAGAUGACGACGAAGAAUAUGAUGGUGACUCCACGCCGAAGACUCGCUCUCGAAGCACAAGCCCUCAACCCUACGGCAACCCCUCUCUGUCUGUCACAGCUGUUGCUGCGUCCCAAGGUUCCAACCCAAAGCAACCCCUUUUCAGCUACAUUUCCAGUCUGCCCAGCAUCCAAAUCACUCAACUCAUGGGGCCUAGUGAAAGGGCUGGUGAGGCCCAGAUGGCAGAGUACCAGAAACUCCUGCAAGGAGCUCUGGGUGAAGACAGCAAGAAAAGACUUGAGGUGCCCAGUUCCAUGGAUGAGGACUUCGGUCUUUCUCCAGAACACAGCUCAUCUUCCUUUGACCUGUCCCCAUCUCGUCUGUCCUCGCCAGGUUGUGACUCUUCUCCUCUGCGAGAACCUUCACCGACCUCCCGCAGGUACCUCUCCCCCAGGAGAGACCUAUCACCCAGGGGGCGUCUGUCACCCAGACGGGAGGCUUCUCCCCUCAGGCAUAUCUCCCCCAGACGUGACAUCUUCCGCAGAGAUUUGUCUCCUCGGAGAGACUUGUCCCCUCGAGGCCACCUCUCUCCCAUCUCACACGCUGGGCGCCCCACAUCCCCGGCGAGGGACCUUGCCAGCAGACGGGAGCUGUCUCCCAGGAGUCGCCACCGGGGCAUGAUCAGGCCGCUGUCUCCCAGGAGGGGUCUGCAUCAUCACAAUGCCCCUUGGACGCUGGGUCAGCAGCCCCAAGCAGAAACAACUACUUUGAGCCAGAAGAGCAGGGGCCACUCAGAAGUGGAGAUGGAUCUGAAGAAGAGUUCCCACCUCCCCGGAGAUAUCCAUGGUGGUGGGGAGGCUCCCAGCACUCACUAUGGUCUCUUCAGCCACCUCCCUUUGCAUUCUCAGCAGCAGAUCCGUGCUCCGUUCCCCAUGAUCCCCAUUGGCGGCAUCCAGAUGGUGCAUUCUGUGCCUGCCUCUGUCACUGGCAUGGCCCACCCCGCCCGUCUACCCCUACAGAAGAGCACCUCAGAGGAAUCCAGCACGAGUGAGGUGUCCUUCCACUUAUCAGAAGGCCGAGGGGCCAACAACAGCCGAGGCCCAGAGGACUCUCCCCAAGGCCAGGAGAGGAGGACCCAAGGGUCUCCCAAGGGUCUUUCUUCAGGAAUCUCGCUUUCUUCUCAGAGGUCAAGGGAGGACAGCGCAGACAUGGCCGACAAGGAGACUAAGCAGGAGGAGAGCAUCCAGACCUGCACCAAGGCCAUUGCUUCACUCUGCAUUGCCUCUGAGGAGCCUUCUGAGAAAUCGUCGGGCCCUGUCGAACCACCAUUGAAUCAGCACACAUCAUCCCAUUCUCCCACAAUCCCACAGGAGACUGCACCAAACAGAAUUCAGCACUUUAGUGGCUUGGAAGCCAGGCAUCCCCUACACUCCAGCACAGAGAACAGCAUGCCUGCUACAUCAAAGACUCCCACAGCAAGCCACAGAGUAGAGGAAAGGUCACCAGGGCCGCAGGGCGAGAGGCUAGCAAGCACAAAGAGAGGUAAGGAGUUGGCAAAGGACAACUCAGACAACAACAGGUGAACAAUA